GUAACAGACCCAACCCGGACAUGCGCUUGAGAGCAUAGCGCAAUAUGUCGAGCGAAUGUCGUAUCGAAUACGUGCUCGAAGCCGAGCACAGUCUCACAGAAUGCCUGCACCCGCCGGAGUACUUGGUGCAAUGUCACAGGAGUAGCAGUACUUGUUGAGGAUAUCGAGGCCGCGAGAGAAGCAAGCGAUUGAGGCGCGACGGACACAAUGGGUAUCUUGUGUGAGGGAUCGGGUCGAGAUGGGUUCUGAGCGAGGAAAUGAUAUCAUUGAACAGAACCCCAAUUAACUUGCCUACAAGCCAAACAAUCGUUCAGACUGACUUCAGCGGUCUCCAGUUUCUUCUGAGAGGCGGUAUUCGUCUUCAAACUGUCGGCGGAUACUUCAUAGUAGGACCCCGCCGAGUCGACCAGAAUUUCAGUCUGGUAGAGCUCGAUAUUCAGAAUUGAAUAGAUGGCGGACAUUGAGAGCAGAACUUACAGAGGCUGCGCCAGGAUCCUUAGGUUCCGCCUUGUUGGUCUGAUCCACAGGCUUUAUACAUGCUUGAGAAGGGGUAAUGAAGUCGUUCAAGUCCGUCAACGUCUGGAGUCCACUAUGAGUUCUCAAAACAGAAUUGCUAUACAGAAACAACGUACAAGAGCCCCCGAGAAAGCCAUAGCAAGGGAGAAACUGCGAAAGUGACUCUUGGGAGCUGUGAGUCUGUGACAAAUCAAAACGUUCCCAUUCUCUCGAUCACUCGAUCGCCGCGAUCAGGUUCCACGUGGCAUAACACGUCCGAUGCACGAGCGCCUCCCUCCUCGUCUACCGACACGAUGUCGAGUUCACUGCCGGUUUGGCUACCAUGGCAGGGACGACAACGAACAUAUGGACCCGCUGUGCCAAUACUUCUGAUUUGCUUUAUUCUUAACCUUUCUUGGACCUGUCUCUCAGCGUCGACGCUCGGGAAGAGGGAAUUCAAGGCGCUUUCUUCUGAUGCCAUUGCAUCUCUUGUCAAUCAUCCAGACCCCGUACGAAAUAUAGACCCCAAUAAUCCAUCAUCACACCUCUCGAAGGUACUGAUACCUCGGCCUGCUGAUACGGAAAACAAUACCCUUGUUCGACAAUAUAUCAUUUCUACUCUCAAGAAGCUUGACUGGUAUAUUGAGGAGGACGCUUUCAAUGACACCACUCCAUACGGUACAAAACGUUUCACGAAUGUGAUUGCAACCAAGGAUCCGACUGCUCCGCGUCGUGUUAUACUUUCCGCACACUUUGACAGUAAAUAUUUCUCAAGUUAUCCUGAGAAUCAGUUUGUAGGAGCAACAGACUCUGCUGCACCAUGUGCUUUUCUGCUCGAUCUUGCGGAGACUUUGAACCCUCUGUUAGAUAAGCGGAAGCAGCGAUUAGAGGACGGCGAAGAGGAUGAUGAAGACGUUGCUGAGACAACUCUGCAGCUUGUAUUCUUUGAUGGAGAGGAAGCCUUCAAGGAUUGGACGAAUACUGACUCAAUUUAUGGCGCACGACAUCUUGCACAGAAAUGGGCGUCGACGUACAUUCCUCCAAACGCCAAACGUAGACUACUUCUGACCUCUCACGCGACGGAGAUCGCAACCAUAGAGCACCUCAUCCUUCUUGACCUCCUAGGCGCCCCACAUCCGUUAAUUCGAUCCUCAUUUCUCGACACAGCAUGGCUGUUUGACGCCAUGGCCUCUGCCGAACGUCGUCUGGUGGAGUCGGGUGCACUCACCUACGACGGAGAUCAGGCAACUACUAAAGACCAUUGGUCUAGUUUCUUUCUCCCGCGGGCGGCGAAUGAACAUAACUACGGUGGCAUUGGAGAUGACCAUGUACCAUUCCUUAAGUUAGGCGUGAGCGUAUUGCAUGUUAUAUCGAACCCUUUCCCUAGAGUUUGGCAUACACUUAAGGAUGACGCUACCGCGUUGGAUAUACCGACAAUGCGUCGAUGGAAUCUGAUACUUCGAAUAUUCAUGUCGGAAUACUUGGGAUUGCUGCCUGACGUGGCGCAUUCGACGCGGGAUGCGCCAGCCUUUCAACGAUCCAGCGCAGAACUUUGCCUAGUAGAGUGGAAAUGCGAGUUCGGAAAUUUGACACUGGUACAUUUGUAUCAUAACUUAUUCUACAUAUUAUGGGACGUUGCCAACAGACAAACAUAAAUAACAUCGUCUUGCGACGGCAUGCAAUUGAGAUCUAAUAUUUGCAUAAUGAGUUUGCAUUGUCAACCAAGUAGAGCUGUGAUACGUCUGUCGAAUCCCUCGCUACGGAUGGGCAUCUCUGGCGUAUGAAAUGGGUUCUUCAUGACAGCAUCCGCAUAUACUUCGUACACCUUCUGCAGAACAACAUCGGCUGUAGACUCGGC